UGCGGCUUGUGGUCUCGCUGUCUUUUGAAACUAACUAAGCGAAGCAGAUGCGUGAUGUAAGUCGAGUCGACCAUAUUUUCCGAUGAGACAAUAAAGUAGGCUGUAUUUCAUCUCAGCUUAAAAUUUAUCUGGUGUAUGUGUUGAUAUGUUGUGAACGGUUGUGCUUUAGUUCGUUGGCCCAUCGAAAAGUGAUUCCGAGAGCAAAUUCUCAUCAGAAGCUACUGGUCGAUUCUUUGGAAUUUGUUGAAGCAAAUUGUAAUUGAGCCUCGAAAUGCCAUUUUCACGAUACCGACCCAAUAAUUCCCCAAUAAGAAGUCUGGACAACGGCUACAUUUGUUGGUACGAUGAAUGUACUUGUUGUCCAUAUGGAUACCACAUUGAUUUGGAUUUCGUGCGGUAUUGUGAAUCUAUCAGUAAAGAAGAUCAAACCCGCACUGGAUCCAUCAAGAGAAGGAAGGACAGACGGAAACAACGACAGAGCAUGGAGGUGAUGUUGGGAUUGGCAACUCCAACUCCAACAGACCAACAAGAAGCCUCUAAUAAAAUAAACUUUUCACAAGAAGCUCCGAAAAUAGUUCAAAAACAAACAGCACACCCAACGUCACAAAACUUUCGUUUCAAUGAUGGUUUUGAUGAUGCUGUUUCUGACUUUGAAAGAGCCCUACAGCGGUCCAAACACAAAUUACCGCAUAAUCUUCCGGAUGUUACUGCUGUCUCAGAAAACUUAAGACGCCUUUCCUCCGUGUCCCCAACAUCAGUAUCAACACCACUCUUAUCAACCAACCAGAAUGCGCCCUUAAAAUCACAAUUCGACAUGGGCAACAUCGAGUCCUGCGGUCUGAGUCCGGCUGCUCUUCAGAACAUCAGGGAAGCCCUGGCUCUGAGUCUCGACAGAAUGAAACAGUUGGAAUUCCAAGUCAAACUCAUACCAGAUCUGCAGGAUGAAUUGAAGCACCUACGUAUAGAAAAUAUCCGUUUGCAACGCGAAUUAAAAUUGGGUCAAAACUCAAAGAUCUUAAAUGGCGGUCACAUUAUACCUGAAAAGAACAGAAAAAGGUCCCAGAGCUUUACAGAAAUUGAAAGCUUCGAAGACAAUGUUAAAAAAGAGAGUUCUCCUUUGCCCCGCAAAGACUUCGGUGUGAUGUGUGGGGUAUUAACUCGAACCAUUGGGGUUGGACAUCAGUACCCCAAUACGAAGCACGCUUCUACAAUAACAACUGAAUUUGCGGACAAAUGGAUGCCUGAAAAAGCGAAAUUCCUGAAUUCGCAGCCUUUUCUCAGUUCCAAGAUCACCAUUCACAAAGGAACACAAACCUUUUUGGGUAAAGAGAAGAGAGAUAUGGGCAUUCAAACGUCAAUUCUGCACCCAACAAAAAUAACCGUUACUGGUCAUACGCAAACAGAUCAGAUAAAACCGAUUGUAUCUCAUGUGGGGUCAUUGGCAGUUCCAAAGAGUUCAGAAAUUGGAAUACAAAAAAAUGUCGAAUGUUUGUCUGUCGGCACAUCCAACGAUGCAAUUGAUGAUGUAAUUUGUGAAAAAUGCAGAGCAUUGAAAAAGCCGCAAAGGAAAAAUGAAGAACUUAGUACACCAGUAUCUUUAGCGGCGUUAAGCAACAGAAGUAAAUCAUUUAGUUUAGGAGAGGAUCGACUUGACCACCAAAAGCGAACUCGAACGGUAGCAUCACAAUAUGAAACGAAUUUGACUCAAAUAAGCAAAGCCUCUCAAGUAGAAUUCACCACUAGAUCGAAGUCGACACAGCAUGAUAUUAAAAUCGCCGAGAAAAACACUCAAUAUGAUGUUUACACAUUGUCCAAGUUUACUGACACCAAAGAUCUAAUAAUCGCCACAAAACCGGUGUAUAUAGAGAAACCACCCCCGAAAACGGUAGACAGAGCGAGUUCUCCAGUAUUUACAAUCCAGGAAAAAGAAGUAUCGGAGGAGAAAAGUUGUGAUAAAUGUACCAGUAGGGAAAUGGAGACUUCAAGAGAAUUUAAGAAAGACUCCCUCGGAAGCCCAACUCCCAGUCGCAUUCCCAUUCCUACCACGCCAAUUGAAGCCAGGAAGUUUAGGCGACAAGACACGUAUACGAAGAUAUAUUCGCCUACUGAAAAAUCCCCAGUUGCAUCUCACAAACUAUCAGGUUUAGAUUUAUCACCCUCAAAAGCUAUAAGCGCCGAAUCCGUAAGUCCAUUCGACAAGGUGAAACAAAACUUUAAGCUUGACCCGCCAGCCAGUUCUUCCAGUCCAAAGCUGCAAAAAUCUCAAUUGCCGGAAAGAUCACUGCCAGUUUCCGAAUCAACAAUCUUCCAGCCGCCAUCACAAAAUCGAAAAAAAGCCGUUCCGAGCAAGGAAAUGCAAGGAGCCUUGAAAGUGCUCAACGACUCACUUCAUAAAAGCCCAUCUAGAAUAGUAAAGAACCAAAGCGCAAUUAAUAUAGUACAACAAGAGUGGUUUAAAAUUUCAAGCCUAGUUACGGCUAAUCCCCAGGAUGUUGAAGAUUUCUUGGACGCAUUCGAGGAUAUGUCCUCACUUCUUCUCCAAUAUGUGGUAAAUAUGACCGACGUGAGUGGAAAUACCGCUAUGCACUAUGCGGUAUCGCAUGGAAACUUCGACGUAGUCUCCAUAUUAUUGGACUCAAAGGUUUGCGAUAUAAACAAACCGAAUAAAGCUGGAUACACCAGUGUGAUGCUGGUGUCGCUAUCGGAAGUUCGAAGUCCGACUCACGCGAAUGUUGUUAGAAGGCUCUUCCAACUGGCAGAUGUAAACAUAAGGGCUUCACAGUAUGGACAAACAGCUUUAAUGCUAGCAGUAAGCCACGGCCGAAUAGAUACGGUCAAAAUGCUGCUGGAGGCAGGCGCAGAUAUUAACAUUCAGGAUGAAGAUGGAAGCACUGCUCUCAUGUGUGCUGCUGAGCACGGGCAUAUAGACAUUGUUAAGCAUUUCCUUUCCCAACCGGACUGCGAUUCUAGCAUUACUGAUGUGGACGGCAGUACAGCAUUGAAAAUUGCAAUGGAAGCAGGACAUCGGCACAUAGGCGUGCUUCUAUACGCGCAUGAAAGAACAUUUCAAAAAUCUCAACCCUUGAAACUGAAAAAGACCAAUUCUCUCAGUCCAAAAACCCCAUCCUCACCAUUACCUAUUAGGAGUAGUCAUCGUGCCUUAACUGAUACAAAAAAAUAAAUUUUAGAACUGAUUUUCAAACUACCCACGCCACCGAUUUGUUUAUCUCAACAUGCUCAUCUUCGAAGUAUAUUUUCUGAAUAAUACACCAUACCAUUUUCUAGCAAGUCUGCUCAAUGGUUCUACAUAAAACUUGGACAAUAUCUCAAAUGGGAGUAAUGCGUCAAUUUGUUGAGAAAUGGUUUGCUUAGACAAAUUUAAUUGUGUCAUAUACCUACAUUUUGUUACUUAACUAUUGUUAAAUAGUAUGAUAAGGAGUCUGCAGUUUAAAAAAGAUUUAACUAGUCUAAGCGAAAAGAAAACGAAAUCUAGGUAGUUUUGUAUAUAUUUACCAGUUAUACACCCUAAUCGUUGUUACAUAAUUUUUACUAGAAAAGUUGUAAUUCUAUCACAAGUUUAUUUAACAAACUAAUUUUUAUGUGAAGGUUUUGAUAGAAACACUGUCUCAAUUAUAUAAGUCCCGAAUUGAUGAUGAAUUUAGUGUUAACAUUCCAGUAUACUUACUUUUACAUGUUUUUCUUGUUGUAACAUAUUGUAUUUUUUGUCAAUAAUAUAUAUUUUAGACAGUC